AUGAACCCCAAAUCAAUCUACAAAGAGACAAACGAGCUGUACACGCCUAUCCGCGAAGCAGGCAAGGGUACGUGUGGAAGCAUCACAUUCUGUGUAUGCACAUCGUCAGCUGUAACCUCUUCCACGACUGACUCCGUGGCGCAGAGUGCAGCCCUUGUCGCCGUCAAGAUGAUCAGUCGAGAGAUGUGUCGCGACAGGAUAGCCGAUGAAAUCGUCGCUCUCGAACGCGUUCGCAGCUCUCUCGCGACCGAUAAAAACAACAGCGUCGCGAAGCACUUUUCCACCCUCAUCGACUAUGAUCCGAUCAAGAACGGCGGGUCGGGCUGGCUGGUCGUCAGUCCCGUCUGCGGAUUCGAUCUUGAGCGGCUUCGAGUCGUGGUCACCGCGAUAGUUCAACCCGCGUCAGAAACUGACCUUCCCCGCCGUUUUUCUUUCCCCGCGAUACCGGAGGUACUCAUACUACAUGUCGCAAAACAGCUAACGGAGGCGGUUGGGUGGCUCCACGACGUAGCCAAUAUCUCCCACAACGACGUCUUCGGCGGAAACGUAAUGCUCGACGUAUCCGCCUCAAGCAGAGCGUCUCAUUCCACACUACCAACCAUCGUCUUGAUCGAUUUCGACCGCGCCACCCUAGACCCCGACAACAUGGCAAAAGGCGCCGACCGCUCAUACACUUACGAGCUCAUAUACAUGCUCGACAAUGCAGGUCGAGCGUCAUCACAAGACACAAACGUACUGGAAGAUGUGAUUGUGCCAAGGGAAUCGGUGACCUGCUGGGACGCGUUUAGAAACUUUCUUGUUAUUAAUAAAGGCCAGUAUCUGCAGGAUGAGUCGGCGAGUUUCGCCAAGUUCUGGGGAAGGUUUGGCGCGGAUAUCGAUCGGCGGGUGGAGAAUAUAUCGGAAGAGGAGCGGAGACGGGUGAAAGAGCUGAUUGAUGUGGUUACGGGGAAGGAGGUCAGAUUUCCGAGUGAGGAGAGGGUUAGGGAGGUGUUGGGGGAGUAG